ACUUUCAAAAGUGUUACGAGUUUCUGCUUCUAAUGCCUCCUUGGCGCUUAUACUUUACUUACGUUUCCAUAACUAUUGGUAGUUCUUUCGUAUUCGGAUAUCAUACAGGAGUUAUCAACGCACCAUUAUCGCUCAUCCAAAAUUUUACGCAGAAAGUUAUUGAUGAAAGACGAUACACAUGUGGCUCUUCAUGCGUGAGAGUGAUUUUAUCAAUAUGCGUAACGGGAUUCGUUAUCGGCGGGUUAUUUGGGGGCCUGUUUGGUGGAGUUUUAGCUAACAGACUUGGUCGAAGAAAAACAUUGUUUCUUCUUUCCAUUCCAACAAUUUUAGGAUCUGUACUCAUUAUGGUUUCGGUGUGCUUGAGAUCAUUCGAGGCUAUCAUAUUCGGAAGAUUUAUAGUUGGUCUUUCUGCAGGUGCUUAUACAGUUGUAACACCUACAUACCUUUCGGAGAUUGCUCCAGUAAAGUCACGUGGUGCGGCAGGGGUUCUGAAUCAAUUUGUUACAGUGCUGGCCAUUCUUUUAUCACAGGUCCUAGGUCUGUCUCAAGUAAUGGGAACGGAUAAAUUCUGGCCAUUCUUGUUAGGUCUUUGUGCUCCUGUUUGUCUUUUGCAUGUGAUACUCAUGACUUUUUGUCCUGAAAGUCCUAGCUACUUGUAUUUAGUAAAGGGAGACAAAGAUGCUGCAAAACAUGCUCUUUUGUUACUAAGAGGUAAGAACUAUGAUGUCUUUAUGGAGCUUGACUCAUUUCAACGAGACCCGGAAUAUAACACUAAACAAUACUUUGGAAUGGGUAACUUAUUUCGAGUUCAACAUCUCCGAUGGGGUUUAUUUGUUGCCCUUAUUCCACAUUUCGGGCAGCAACUCUCAGGAAUCAAUGGUGUUUUGUAUUACUCUGUUUCACUAUUCGAAAGUGUUGGCCUAACCAACAGAGACGCAAGUUUUGUCAAUCUUGGGGUUGGAGCAGUUAUUGUGUUAGGAACAAUUAUGUCAAUAUGUGUUAUUGACAGAGGAGGCAGACGAAUGCUAUUACUCGUUGGAUUUUCAGUAUGCUUAGUCAGUUUAAUUACAUUCACAACAGUUUUGUCAGUUCAGAAGUUCAGUCAUACAUCUUGGUUAACCUACAUUUCUAUUCUUGUAUUAUACCUAUUUGUUUCAGGAUUCUCCUUUGGCCCAGGCUCUGUUCCUUGGUUCCUCGUGGCUGAACUAUUCACUCAAGAAUAUAGAGAUGCUGCACAAAGUGUUGCUGUGGGUACAAAUUGGUUGUGUAAUAUUCUGGUUGGACUUCUUUUCCCUCAACUACUCGCGCUUAUAGAUUGUUUUGCCUUUGUACCAUUUAUUUGUGUGCUCAUAAUUGUGAUUAUUCUAAUUGCUUUAUAUUUACCGGAAACAAAAGGAUUCAAUCCAGUUUAUAUUGAAUCAGUUUUCAAAGCUCAAUGUAAACAUUCAACACUUAUGCCGAUAAAACGAUUUUAAUCAUCAGUUAAAAUUAUUUAAAAUUAUGCAAAUCAGUGCAGUACCAUCAUUGAAUUCGAUUUGUAAACGUCACUUUGAAAUGUUUUAUAUUACAGUAAAAUGAUCAAUAAAAUUAUCCCGUUGAUUAAUAUUGAUUCAUAUUACACUUCUGAUCAUAAAACAAAAUGACUGUUUAUAGCAGAUAUAAUUAUUCGAUUGUUUUUAUCAUUUAUAACUAAAUUUUUGUUUAUUAAUUUAAUAAAAUUUAAUGAUUUAGAGUAUUUUUUUUCAUUGAUUAUUAUCUAAAGUCAUGGAUACAAUAAUAAUAAAAUCAUUUAAUGAAGAAAAUUUGUUGCCAUUUCAUUAUUUCAAUUUUGUUUAAUCAAGUAAAUGGAAAUUCACUUUUAAAGCAGAUUAAAUAAAUCGAGUAUUCAUUAGAUAAUUAUGAGGUUUUUGGUAUAAUUUACUAAAAAAUAUAACCUUUUUGAUUACAUUUUAUUGUGAUUUCUGAUGGAUGAAGUAUCAAGGUGAUGUGCUUGAAUAUCUGGGUUACCUGUUCCUGACAUCUAGAUAUUUCAACAAGUUAUCUGUUUUCUUGUUUGUUUUAACACAUCCUUAUGCCUAUUAGUCACAUAACCUAUUCAGAUGCGUUUGUGAAAGGUUUUUGACAUUUUGCUGCAUAACUUACAAAAG